UUUUUUGUUUCUUUCAUUCGUUUCCGCUUGUGGAGAGUGGGAACUGGGAAGCGAGAACGAAAAAACUAAGAACAGUCGAAUCGAAGUAGUAACUGCGGAACGAAUAAAACUAAACUAAUCUCUGUUUGUUCAUCAUCAAGCCUUGUUAAAGUCCUGCAAGAGAUGGACGAUAACAGCACAGCGAGCAAUGUCGCUCGAGCUAUAGUUGCAGCCCUAGAUUGGAGGUCGUCUCCCGAUGCAAGGAACGCUGCUGUUUCUUAUUUAGAAUCUAUUAAAUCGGGAGAUAUUGGUGUUCUGGCAAACACAUCAUUCCUAUUGGUUAGGAGGGAUUGGUCUUCUGAGAUUCGGUUGCAUGCAUUCAAAAUGUUGCAGCAUUUGGUUCGCUUGAGAUGGGAGGAAUUGAGCUCUGCAGAAAGAAGAAACUUUGCCAAUGUUGCUGUUGGUUUGAUUUCUGAGAUAGCAAAUCCUUGUGAAGUAUGGGCUUUGAAAAGUCAAACAGCUGCCCUUGUUGCUGAGAUAGUCAGGAGAGAAGGACUAAGCCUAUGGCAAGAGCUGCUACCAUCACUGGUUUCCCUGUCUAGCAAUGGUCCUAUACAAGCUGAAUUGGUUUCCAUGAUGCUGAGGUGGCUUCCUGAAGAUAUUACAGUUCAUAAUGAAGAUUUAGAAGGAGAGCGACGUCGGGUAUUAUUACGUGGGCUUACUCAAUCUUUGCCUGAAAUUUUGCCUUUACUAUACACUUUACUUGAAAGGCACUUUGGAGCUGUAUUAAGUGAAGUGGGCAAUCAACAUUUAGACAUUGCAAAACAGCAUGCAGCCACAGUAACAGCUACUCUCAAUGCCAUUAAUGCUUAUGCUGAGUGGGUCCCAGUACAUGAUCUUGCAAAAUAUGGUCUUAUUCAUGGGUGUGGGUGUUUACUUUCUUCUCCUGACUUCCGUCUCCAUGCUUGUGAAUUCUUCAAACUUGUUUCCCCAAGAAAGAGACCUAUUGAUGACACGGGUUCAGAGUUUGAUUCUGCAAUGAAUAAUAUCUUUCAGAUCUUGAUGAAUGUAUCACAAGAUUUCUUAUUCAGGUCUACCUCCAGCAAUGGCGGUGUUGAUGAAAGUGAAUUUGAGUUUGCUGAAUAUAUAUGUGAGAGUAUGGUGUCGUUGGGUUCUUCUAACUUGCAAUGCAUUGUCGGUGAUAGCACCAUAUUACCUCUUUAUCUUCAUCAGAUGCUGGGAUAUUUCCAACACUGCAAACUUGCACUUCACUUCCAAUCAUUGCUUUUUUGGCUGGCACUAAUGAGGGACUUGUUAACCAAGCCAAAGUUUGCUGUGCAAUCAACUGGGGAAAUUUCUGCUGCUAAUAAUCCAGGCCCAGGCUCUCUACAUGUUGAUAAAGAAAAGAAAGGGAUUUUGGUUUUCACCAAUGAUGAUAUUUGUGGCGUGAUUCUGGAUGUAUCUUUCCAGCGUAUGCUCAAGAAAGAAAAAGUUUCAUCUGGAACAACUCUUUCUCUAGGAGCAUUGGAGCUGUGGAAUGAUGAAUUUGAUAGCAAGGGGGACUUCAGCCAGUAUCGUUCUAAACUGUUGGAGCUGAUCCGAUUUGUUGCUUCUUACAAACCCUUAAUUGCUGCAGCUAGGGUUUCUGAAAGAAUUGAUACCAUCAUUAAGGGGCUAUUGCAUGCUUCAACACCUGCCAAGGACUUAGCUGUUAUGGAGAGCAUGCAACUGGCACUCGAGGCUAGUGCGAGUGCGAUUUUUGAUGGAUCAACUGAAUUUGGUAGUGGUAGUUCUGAAAUUCAACUAUCACUGUGCAGAAUAUUUGAAGGUUUACUUCAACAACUUCUUUCAUUGAAAUGGACUGAACCGGCGCAUGUGGUAGUACUGGGGCACUAUUUACAUUCAUUGGGUCCCUUUCUUAAAUACUUUCCGGAUGCAGUUGGUGGCGUCAUCAAUAAACUUUUUGAACUUCUGACAUCACUUCCUUCUGCUCUUAAGGAUCCUUCAACAAAUGGUGCUCGUCAUGCGAGGUUGCAGAUUUGCUCAUCAUUUAUUCGGAUAGCUAAAGCUGCUGACAAAGCCCUCUUGCCUCAUAUGAAGGGGAUUGCUGACACCAUGGCUUAUCUGCAAAGAGAUGGGCGUCUUCUUCGUGGGGAGCAUAAUCUUUUGGGUGAAGCAUUUCUUGUCAUGGCUUCUGCUGCUGGGAUUCAACAGCAGCAAGACGUUUUAGCCUGGUUACUUGAACCUUUAAGCAAACAAUGGACUCCGAUAGAAUGGCAAAAUACUUAUUUGUCUGAACCUAUGGGUCUGGUCCGUUUGUGCUCUGAGACUUCAGUUAUGUGGUCAAUUUUCCACACUGUAACGUUCUUUGAGAAGGCCCUUAAAAGGAGUGGCGCUAGAAAAAGCAUUUUGAAUUCACAAGGUGGCUCAGUAGUUAGCUCUGCUUCUCAACAUCCAAUAGCGUCUCAUUUGUCAUGGAUGCUGCCUCCUCUCUUAAGGCUGCUUCGUGUAAUACAUUCACUUUGGUCUCCACCAGUAAGUCAAGCAUUGCCGGGAGAGUUAAAGGCUGCUAUGAGUAUGAGUGAUGUUGAGCGAGCUAGUUUUGUUGGGGAAGGGAACCUAAAAUCAUCAAAAAGUGCUUCGAUUUUCAAAGAUGGAUCCCAGGUUGAUGUGAAUAAGGAUGGAUAUGCAGAGACAAAUGAAAACGAUAUACGGAAUUGGUUAAAGGGUAUCAGAGACAGUGGAUAUAAUGUCUUGGGUCUAUCAGCAACCAUUGGGGAUUCCUUUUUCAAAUCCAUGGAGAGUCAUUCUGUUGCACUAUCUCUUAUGGAGAACAUACAAUCUAUGGAAUUCAGGCAUAUGAGGCAGCUUAUUCAUUCAGUUCUGAUUCCUUUGGUCAAAUUCUGCCCUUCGGAUUUGUGGGAGGAGUGGCUAGAAAAGCUUCUGCAUCCAUUAUUUCUUCACUGUCAACAGGCUCUGAGCUUUUCAUGGUCUUGUCUUCUCCACGAAGGUAGCGCGAAGGUUCCAGAUAACCAUGGCAUCCUUGCUGGAUCGGACCUGAAAGUGGAAGUAAUGGAGGAAAAGUUGCUUCGAGAUUUAACCCGUGAGAUAUGUCAUCUCCUCUCAGUUUUUGCUUUACCAUCACUAAAUAUUGGACUCCCUUCCUUGGAACAAGUAGGACAUAUCAGCCGGGUGGAGGGGUCUUCCCUCAAAGAUUUGGAUGUCUUUGCCUCAAAAUCACUGGUUGGUUUUAUCUUGAAGCAUAAGGGUCCAUUCCUUCCGGCACUGCAAAUAUGCAUAGAAGCAUUUAGAUGGACUGAUGGUGAAGCUGUGACUAAAGUUUCUUCUUUCUGUGGAGCUGUGAUACUUCUAGCAGUUUCAACAAAUAAUGUGGAACUCCAGGAAUUUGUUGCCAAAGAUUUGUUUUGUGCAAUUAUUCAAGGUUUGGCACUUGAGUCAAAUGCUAUUAUCAGUGCAGACCUUGUAGGUCACUGUCGUGAAAUCUUCGUUUAUCUCUCUGAUAGGGACCCCACUCCUAGACAGGUUCUGCUUUCUCUUCCUUGUGCAUCCCAGGAUUUACUUGCUUUUGAGGAGGCUUUGACAAAGACUUCUAGUCCUAAGGAACAAAAGCUGCAUAUGAAGAGCUUGCUUUUGUUAGCUACAGGAAACAAGUUGAAAGCACUUGUUGCGGCUCAGAAAAGCACAAAUGCAAUUACAAAUGUUUCAACAAGGACUCGUGGUUCAGUUGCCGGUCCUGAAGUCAGCACAGAGGAAGAUGAUGUUGUGGGAUUGGCAGCGAUUACGUAACCAGCUUUCCAGUGUUUAUGUUCGCAUGAUGAGUGUACAGUGAUGGAAUUUUACUACGAAGGGAAGAUCUUGGCUUUCCUUAAGAAUAGCAAAAUUGUGUAAAUCAUUUCACUUCCGCAAGGACCCCAUA